GACCCUAAUUGCGAAGACUUUAUACCCUCCCUCUACCUCUCUUCGAUCUGUUUACGCAAGUAAGGAGCUCAAAGGACUCCAAGAUAUUUUCGGCUUCAAGUCCACAUCCAAACCUUUCAUUCACUAGAUAACUCCAUGUCCGCAUACUCUCCGGUCAUGGCCCCAUGGCGGCCCUACAGUGAACAUCACGGCGGCAUACCUGACGCUGUCUUGGUUAAAAUCUUGCUUGCCAUAUAUAUCAGCCUUUUCGUCUUCAUGUUCUUGGGGAGCUUCUUCACCCGGCAUCCUUAUUUCCGCAACAACCACCGCAGUUCUUCAAGUGGGCUCAACGCUUCCGUAUUGAAGUCACUCCCCCCUGUAUUUGUUUACUCCAAAACCAAAACCAAUGUUGUGGAAGAUUGUGCUGUCUGUUUGUCGGAGUUUGAAGAGAAUGACAAGUGUCUGGUUUUACCCAAUUGUAAACAUUGUUUUCACAGUGGCUGUAUUCACAUGUGGUUUUCUAAUCAUUCAACCUGCCCGCUUUGCCGCUCACAUGUUGUUAUUGUGGAUCAAGUAACAACGCCUCAUCCUACUACUGCUUCAUCUAUCCAAACAACAACAACAACGUCAGAACCAGCUGUAGUUGAUGUUAGAAUAGACAUUGUGCCUGUUGCUAACGAGACGGAGCCAGAGAGUCGGAUCACGAGUCAAGUUGAAGAAGAAGAAGAAGAAAUUAGUAUUAACAUGAGUCAGUCUCUUGUUUGAUUAAUUUCGUACAAUUACAAAUACAUACCAAUAGUCUAGUCUAGUCUUUUGGUUAUAUAUAUAAUUAUAUAUAUAUCGAAUGCUUUCAGCUUUUGUAUUAUGAUGUAAAUAGCUAAAUGUCCUGAUAAGAUAUUGAAUAUUAAUGAUGUUCUUUAUUU